UCCAUUAACACUUAGUUCUGUUCCCGCGUCAGAAAUCUCCAUUUUGUAGUGCUGUACAAGCUGCAUGUGGUAAAAUGCGUCGAGAUUUGUCUAACGCCACAAAAGUAUUUGUUGGAAAUCUUUCUAAAAGUGUCCAAAGCAGAGACUUGAGAGACUUGUUUGAAAAAUAUGGAAAAGUGCUUGAAUGUGAUGUAAUCAAGAACUAUGGAUUUGUGCAUAUGGAUAAAGAAGAUGAAGCAAAAGAGGCUUUAGAUGCAUUAAAUUCAAAAGAGUUCAUGGGUACAAAUAUAAAGGUUGAGUUAUCUACAAGCAGAGUACACAAGACACCAGGAAUGGGUAGUAAAGGGGAAUGUUUCAAAUGUGGUCGACAAGGUCAUUGGUCUCGUGAUUGUGGCCGAGACAGGUCAGUUGAGGAUCGUGGGCGACCAAGAGAAAGAGACAGAUAUGGCCCACCACCACGUGAUAGAUAUUAUGAUUAUCCUCCUCCUCCAAGAAGAGACUUUCCACCAGAGUAUGAAAGAGAACGCUUAUAUGAUCCAUACAGAAGAGAUUACCCCCCAGAACCAUAUUAUAGAAGUCGUAGUAGAAGUCCCAUUGGUAGACGAUUUCCGUCACCACCUCCUUAUGCUAGAAGACCAAUGGAACCUGGUUUUUAUGAGAGGCCGCCAGUGCCACCACGUCCACGAGAUCCCUAUCUGGAUAUCCCACCAAGAAGCUAUCCGCCGGGUCGGCUGAGCCCUCCGCCACGUGGCCUCCGCGGACUUCCACCACCGUUGCCGCGUUACUAGAUACGUGAACUGAUAAGUUACAAUCAUUCGAGAGGAAAGAAGGAAUCGACUGUACAGCGUGACUUGCGAGACUUCGUGGAAGAUUCAUCUUAUAGGAUAUUGUGACUUCUAUUGCUAACAGAACUUUAUUAUUGAGACAUUAUUUUGAAGUAGAAAAAAGACGUAGAAAUUUAAAAGCCGUUCUUAUAACCAUUUGAAGAGUUAAUAAAUAGUUGAUGUCCUACUAUUCUGUUUCCAUGUUAGAAAACCUAUGUUUCAUGCUGCCGAGUGCAAACUUUUUAAUAUAUAAAAAAAAUAUCAUGACUGUAAAACUGAUUUCUCAUUUUGAAAAUUGGAUGAAUUCAUGAUUCGUCAUUUUCGUAUGUAGAUUUCUUGGCUCUGUUAACGUGAUCUAUUUUAUGUUCGUGCUCUUUUUGAAAUAAAUAGUUGAUACCGUUAUUGAACACCUAAAA